UAAUUUUUCUAUUCCUAUUUCUGUUUCAAAUCCUCUCUCUCUACACUCUGCGCACGAAGCAAUCUCCAACUCGAAACCAAAUCGAAUACUCAAAGAGUCACUCUCUUGCGAUUUUCAGUGAAAUUACGAAGCUCAAAUCGUUUAUCUUCUGAUUACUUGCAGAUUUUAAUUUUUUAAAAAAAGGAAAAAAAGAAAAGAAAAAAAAAAUGAGCGUCGAACCAUUCAACAGGUUGGUAAAACUUGCGGCGAGGGCGUUCUACGAUGACAUCACAACAAAAGGGGAUAAUCAACCCAAAACUGGGAGGAGUGAUAAUAGGGGAAUUGCUGUUGUUGUACUUGAUGCCCUCACAAGGCGUCAGUGGGUCAGAGAAGAAGAUUUAGCAAAGGAUUUGAAGCUGCACUCAAAGCAACUUCGUAGGACUUUGCGAUUUUUUGAAGAAGAAAAGCUAGUCACCCGAGAUCAUAGGAAAGAGACCGCAAAAGGGGCAAAAAUUUAUAGUGCUGCAGUUGCUGCCACAGCUGAUGGUCAUCCGACUGGGAGAGAGGGGGAAGAAAAGAUCAAGCUGCACACUCAUUCUUACUGUUGCUUAGAUUAUGCACAGAUAUAUGACGUUGUGAGGUACAGACUUCACCGUAUGAGGAAAAAGCUAAAAGAUGAACUGGAAAACAAGAACACAGUUCAGGAGUAUAUAUGCCCCGGCUGUGGGAAAAGAUAUACUGCUUUGGAUGCACUACGACUAAUUUCCCCAGAUGAUGAAUAUUUUCAUUGUGAAAGUUGCAAUGGAGAACUUGUGGCAGAGAGUGACAAGUUAGCUGCUCAAGAAAUGGGAGAUGGAGAUGACAAUGCAAGGAGGCGGAGGCGUGAAAAGCUCAAGGACAUGCUUCAAAAUAUGGAGGAACAGCUCAAGCCAUUAAUGGAUCAACUCACCAGAGUGAAAGAUUUGAAUGUUCCUGAUUUUGGAACACUCCAAGCCUGGGAAUUGCGAGCGAAUGCUGCUGUACGCGCAGCAAAUGGGGAUUCUGGUGCCAUUGAUCCCUCUAAAUCUUCACAGGGACUUGGAUAUGGUGGAACGCCUAUGCCAUUUGUUGGAGAGACAAAGGUUGAAGUUGCCUUUUCCGGUGUUGACGAAAAAGGAGAGGAUAUUAAAUCUGAGAAUGCAAAUUCAAUGAAAGUUUUGCCUCCAUGGAUGAUCAAGAAAGGGAUGAACCUUACAAAAGAACAGCGUGGGGAGAUGAAACAGGAGUCAAAGAUGGAGGGCACUUCAGCAUCUGCAGGAUUAUCAGAUGACAAAAAGACAGCGGGAAAAGAUGAUGAGAAGAAUUUACAGGAUGAAUACAUUAAAGCAUAUUAUGCUGCUCUAUUUCAUAGGCAACAAGAAGAAGCUGCUUCUAAGAGUCAGGAGGAGUUGUCAAUCACUAACAUCUCUAAUGAUGUUUAUGACACAUCUUCUGGACGCCAAGUUGGCAUGAAGUUCAAACGUGAGGAGGGUGAGGCAGAUGACGAUGUCGAAUGGGAAGAGGCUCCACCUGCAGGUAAUACAGGUGAAAGUUACAAGGUUGACUUGAAUGUUCAAGCCGAUGCUUCUGGAGAUGAUGAUGAGGAUGAUAUAGACUGGGAGGAGGGUUGAGUUUUUUGAUCUAAAGUCUUCUAUGGACCUAGAGGUGAGAGAACAUGAUGCAGGUUUUCUCAAGUUCCAGUACGUGAUAACUCGUCUGUCAUCUCAAAGCAGGUCUACCAUACAUGUAGCUGGUUGAUGUUUUCUCAUCUCAGUUUUACUUGGAGAUGCCCUGUAAGCAGUAGCACUGACAGUUGAUGGUGGACAAAGCGAGAAUCAUGAAGUAGUCUAAAAAUGAGAACGAUAAGUAGUAGCACUACUGACACUCUGAAAUAGGUUUUUAAAAUACAGUUAAAUAUUCUUUUAGUUUCGUUUGCUUGCAUUUGUGUCGGCAAGAAGUGCGUCGAAAAGGUAACAAUAUUAAAUUAAUUAUUGUUGCAUCUUUAGUGUGUAAUUUCAGCAGGUAGGAGGGAACUUUGUUUUCUGUGGUGCAUUAUUAACAUGAUGAGAAUUGGGGCUUACCCAUGAGUCAGAUUGGCUUGUUAUUGUGAUCGAACACAGAUUGGAGUUCAUUGGGUUUGUGUU